AACACACGAGCAUAAAGACUCGAGCAGUUUGUCAUGAGUCGACUCCAGGCCACGGGAUGAGUCAGAUGGCAGAGCUGAGCCGGACGGUCAGGGUGACGGGGCUGCCCUCAGAGCUACAGCAGGGGGCGCUGCUGGACGACAAACUGUGCAUUCACUUUCAGAGAGGCAGAAAUGGAGGAGGAGAGGUGGUCUCUGUGACAACGGUCAAAACGCCGGACUUUGCACUUGUCACAUUUGAGGAGAGUGGAGUGGCUCAGCGCGUGGCAGCGACUCCUCAGACUCUGGAGGUGGAUGGGAGGAGUUUUAAUCUGACGGUGAAGGAGCAUCCAGGAGGCUCGGCCCAAGAUCAGGUCAUCGUGAAUCUCUCAGCUACUGUUGACCUCAGCCGUGUCUCUGGGGGGAAGAGGACCCUGAAGAGCGUCCAGAAGAGCCACCCUGAGGUCCACAUGAGCCUGACCUCUGCUCCGGGGCUCUGCUCGUUCAUCGGGAGCUACUCGGCGGUGCAGGCGGCGUUAGCUCAGCUGCUCGGCCAAAACCAGCUCCCACAGAGUGCAACGGAAAAGGAGCCAAAACACAGCCCUGAAAACAGACCGAGUCCUCCCACACCUUCACCUCGCACUCAGGUAAUACGGGACCAAAGCAGAAGCCAGAAGGACAAAAAGGAGCGCCCACUCGUAGAAAAACAUACAAGUUUACAGAGAGACGUCACCCCUGGUGGUCAUGAAUGGGAACUACAAGGAGCUACAGCAAGUCCUACUGACUCCGAAGAGGAUUUUUCCCUGAUAGUCGACGCGGAUACGUUUCAGUACUUGCAGAAAUGCUGUAGAGAGGAAUACCAUCAGAUCCUUAGGAAGCAUGGGGUCGCAGUGGUGGACUAUACACACCAAGGGCUAACCACUCUGCUAUUUCAGGUCGCUUCUGGGGACGGCGUGAACGAACGAGAACGCUUAAAGAACGCAAAGACUGAAAUUAGCCAACUGUAUGAAGAAAAUCAGGCUAAUAUAUGUCGGGACAAGCUUUUCAAAUCAAUGCUUCCCAAUAGUGUAGGUCUUAAAACAGCAAUUGACGAGUUGAGUGGGAAAUUUUCAAAACUGUUUUUCAGCGAAGAUGAACAAAAUGUCUUCUUGAUCGGAGGUAGGGAAGAAGUGGCAGAAGCAAAGACCUUUCUGCUCCUUUAUGACUACAACAAGGAGGAUAAAACUGAACUGACUAGUCCAAGGAGGUUUCAAGACUCUUGGCCUAGGAACGAAACAAAAGCCCCAGUUGCUAGCCCUGGGGUUCUGGAGAGUAAUGGUAUCGAUAAAGAUGAGGAGCACGUUAAGCUAGAUGGAUCUUCUAAGGUCAAGCUAGCGGCGCAGUUUAAAGACCCACACAUAGCUCCUAUAGGAAGCAAAACAAGUGAUUUCACAGUGAGAGGGCAUUCGCAGUUGGGUAACAAGAAACGCCAAGGCCCCAUGCUAGCUUACGAUGUGCUGUCCGAAGCUAACAGAACCGCCUACGUGAAUGCACAAAACACAGGUGGAGAUAUACUUUUUAAGAGCAUGAAUGCCACUAUGCAAAAUGCUAAUUUAGCUGAUACCAGACCCAAAACGACUAAUGCUAAUGCUAAUGCUAGUCCUAUCCAGGCUGAUAGCUUAGAUGCGCAAUCGCAAACAAAAACUGGGUCAAGUUUAAGACGGGCAAGUAGUCUUUCAAGAGUUACGCAGAAAAAAGACCAGGAAAAUUCACCAAAAACGGACUUGGAGACUGGCAAAGCUCGAGGCAGGUCGUCUAGUUUUACUGGCACAGAACUUAAUGCAGAGAUACGUGUUCAUAGCACAAUGUGGUUUCAUAUUAAAGAAGCCUACAAACCCAGAAUCGAGGAGUUAACUUCAGGGAUCCAACUUAGAGAAAUAAGUUCGGCUGGAGAUAGCGUUAAUGUUCUUUUAACAGGAACGAGUGGGGCAAAGGUCAAAGCAUGUCAGGAUGGUUUGCAAAAGCUCGUAGAUUCAGUCAGUGUUGAUUUCAUCAUUGUGUCUCUUUCACUGCGAGAGCUUGGAAUCGCGGAUCCAAAAGAUGAGACGUUACAAGUUUGUUGUGAUGAAAUUCGAAGCCGGUAUAAAAAAAUAUCGAUAGUAACUACCAGUGAUGGUUUAUUUCUCCUUGGGCCUCAAAUUAUGUGUUCUCAAGUUCAAAACGUGCUUCGUGAAAUUUUUGCUGGCGCCCAAGUUGGACUACAGGACUACUCACGGCCUUCUACGUCAGCAGGGUCUGAAAGCUUUAAAAAUCCACCAAAUGAGAACGUUGGGAAGGUCAGUGGACGAGAUUCACCGAGGAAAGAUCCAGUUACUAAAGAAAAGGUGAGGAGGCCAGCGGGUUUGGAAGGAGAGAGCCAAAAUGUGCAAGAAUCCAUCAGAAAUGCCAAUGGAUCAGUGACAACUCGAAAUGAUAGAACAGCCAGAGAGCAGACCACAGCCAUUACAGGAGCGUUAACGUGUUUAAGAUGUGACAAAACAGGAACAACAGUGAAAAGCACCAAAUGUGGGUGGACACUUUGUUCAGACUGUGUAAGAAUCUGCCACCUCCAAUGCAAGAUAUGCGAGGAGCGGACAGAGGAGCCCAGAGAGGAGCCGAAAAAGGAGCUGAGACCACAGGGAGUCCAGGGGCGGAUGAGCUAUGCCCCUCUCCCCAUGAGUAUACCAGGAUUUUUGAAGGACCCUGUGGUCAAGAUCACCUACUGCAUUCCCGAUGGGAUCCAGGGGGGGGGUGAUCCAUCUCCCGGAGAGCCGUUUAAAGGAGGUACAUUUGAGGCGUAUCUCCCAGACUGUGAGCAGACACGACGGCUCCUGCCCCGGCUGAAGGAGGCCUUUAGGAGGGGGCACACCUUCACCGUGAUCAGGGGCCGAGUCAAUUGGGACGCGAUCCCACAUAAGACGAGCCUGCACGGGGGCAAGCCCACGGGUUACCCAGACUCCACGUACCUGUCCCGCUUGGAGAGUAUACUGAACGCCUUUGGGAUCCCGUAGUCACCAGCCGCAACUUUCAAAUGCAGAUAAACGUCCAUCUCUGUGGUGCGACCCAUAAACUGUUUAUAUAAAUGGACAUAGCUAACUUGCUAGCUGCCGCGUUCAGGAACAGGAAGUGAUCAUGGGCGCACUUCCAGCUCCAUCGACUCUGGCUCCAAUUCACUUUCUGUGUAAAAACUGUGUCUUAAAUGUUCAUAUUAACCCACUCUACAUCAUUCUGGGUUUUUUAUUUCACUAUUGUGUCUGAAAAUCAAGAUAUGAACAUUAAUACCAGACAAAUCAGAUGCCUUGUGUACCUGAGGUUGCUAACGCUAGAGUUAGCAACAGGUUUGAUUGUCACUUGUUUAUACAGUUUGUGGUGUGAAGGACAUUUUUGUUUUAUAUUUGUAGACACUGAUUUUAGCUGCAUUUUACAUUUACGUUUUAUAUUUUCUCCAUUAUUACGUAACUGUUUUGUAGAGAUAUGUACAUUUUGGGAUGCAUAUUGACUCCAUGGUUUUAUUUCUAUAAUGUUGUAUGAAUAUUUUCACAUUUAGAAAUAAAAAGUCGAUCGCCUGACG